ACAACAGAGUCAGUCUACGACAGGACUUCGGGACGUUCGCACGUUUGGUUUUCUCCCGCGCUCGUCAAGGCGAAUUUGGUCUGUACGCGUCUGUCUGGCAAUAUUCGCUCCAGCAGCAGUAGUCAGCCGGUUUUGGUUGUUUGGGGCAGAACUGAAGCAGGAUUUUCGGUUACGCGCCUUGUGUUUUGUUCUGGUGUUUUUGCGCGAUGUUUAAAUUCUGAACACGUGUAAUAGAGCUCUCGAGUUUGCAGUUGGGUGUUUUUCCCUUCUCGGUGGGUAUAGUGAAGAAAGCUGCCGAGUAUCCUGCUCAUGUGAAUUUUCUAUCAUCGGUAUUUACCUAUAUCUUGGUGUGCUGAGGAGGAUAUUUGCGGUGACCCUAAGCUAUAUCUGGAGAGCUAGAUAUUUAUAAGAAGAUCGACACACAAAAGAUUUUGUGGUUAAGGUGAAUGUUGAUGUACACACGUACAGAGUGAAGUUGGCAAGUGUUGUGAAGAAAAUCCCUGGAUACGAAACUUACGAACGAGAGAAGGAUACCAACGGCGGAAAAAAGGCAUCCCAAAUAGGACCGAAGAAGUCACUGGCAGGCAAGCAGGCAGAGCAAGCACCAGCAGCAGUGUGAAAAAGAAUACAACAGACUUAUUGCCGGAAAAACAUAAACGAUACAGAUGAAUGAUUUUGCGGAAGUGCACCAAAGCUCCGUUUUACAAUAUUAGACUUUUUUGUUCCCGGACUAACAAUUUUGUAGCAUAAAAUGACUGCUAAGAAGGAUAAAGACUACAAAGGACACAAGCACGGAAGUGAAUUAACCGCAACAGCCUUAUCAUCGAAGCUAGACGCGCACUUACAGAACGGAUCCGCCACGGGUGGUCUGAUCUCAGCUCAGGAUCCACUGAAACGUACCAACAAACCUCUGAUGGAGAAACGCCGGCGCGCUAGGAUCAACCAGAGCCUAGCAAUCCUCAAGGCACUGAUCCUAGAAUCAACGGUCAAAACCAAAUCAGGCGAUGGUCAAACCAAGCACUCCAAAUUGGAGAAAGCCGACAUCCUAGAACUUACGGUUCGUCACUUCCAGAGGCAUCGGAAUCUGGACAAUCCAGCUAUCGAUAAGUAUCGGGCCGGAUAUACAGAUUGCGCCCGGGAAGUAGCUCGCUACUUGGCCACUCCCGAACCACCACCACUGCCCAGCGUGCCCACGCUUACCGAUGCCGGUUCCAAGGCAAGGCUUCUGAGGCAUCUGGACAAUUGUAUUGCCGAAAUUGAUACGGAAAUUUGUCCAAAAAUUCCAUCCAAUGGAACAGUUGUGGAAACUUCAAAAUCAGAAAGCAGCUACGACAGUCAUUGUGGAAUAAAAAAAUCGAAGGAGUUACUAGAGUUUGGCAGUCAAGAUUCGAACCCUUUGGACUUCAGUAAAACUAAUCGGGAUAUUGGUCGCUCACCGUUCUCCUACAGAAGCCCGACAACCGAAUUAGCGUUGCUAUCAACAACACCCAAAUCGAAUCACCAAGACGAAAACAACAAUCGGGGUGGUCACCGGUCCAAAACGAUCCAAUCGCCACUGGCUCCUCACCAUUUGGAUGAAAUGAGCCACGGAAGUGACCUGGUGGCCGGAAACCUUCCCUCGGUGGGUGCCGCUGUCGCCGCCGGUGUUACAUCACCGUUCGCUAGUCACGUCUCGCUCAACAAAAUGAUACUCAGCCAACAGCAGAAAUUGAUCGACAUCAAUAGUUUGAAGAAUUGUCGAAUCGAUCCCGGCACAGCCGGCAUCAAGCAGGAACCGGGACUACUGAGCGGAGCAUUUUCAACAGUGUCUCCAGCCAUUUCUUCGCCCACGCCAUCCUCCGGGAACAUGGAGUCCGACAAGGAUAUCUCGAAUCACUCGGAACACCACAUCCCCCUACACGCUUACCCUCCUCAAGUACGGAUAAAUGACGGACAGAUGUCAUUGCUACUUCCCGAUCACUAUAUUCAACUGGCAACGGCACUCGGACUGAACACCCAACCCAUGAUCGAACACCAUGCUGGUGCACAUCCGGCCACCGAUUUCGAAACACUGAUAGAACAAAAUCGUCGCCAGGCUGUGCUCCAUGAGAAGAUGACCGCCGAUUUGCUGGCAAGUUUACACACGCUUCCGGAAAACGUGGACGAAAGUUAUUGGGAGCUUUAUAAAAAAUCUCUAGGGAUCCCUGAUUCUAUCAGCAAAAUGACGCUCGAAGAUGUGCGUGCCCUGAUGGCAAGAUCUGCUCCUCACAGGCCUCAGAUAUCUAGCUCCCCUCCUCCUCCGCCAGUAACCAAAAUGGAAGUAGAUGAACCCCAUGAACAAAAAACCUCUCCCGUACCGGAUAUUGAUGAAAGCUCCAAUCAUAGCAUUAAAAAAGAGUUAAACCCAGGAAGUCCACCACGAUCACAUGAGACCAUCGAAGAGCAGCACGGUGGUGAAGAUCAUCGAUCAAUCACUCCAAAGGUCGGAGCUUCGUACGAAAACGUAUCGUCGAACGAAGGUCCUUCGCACGAUCAACAUAACGAUGGAUCUAGCGAUGACAGCAUGUGGCGUCCAUGGUAAACUGUUUAUACUUAGUUGCGAUCCUUGUGUCCUAUAGAGAAGCUAGAAGCUUGAAACGUAGAAUGUAUCAUGUAAAUAUGAAUUUGUGCAAUACUAUAUGUUAUAAGUAACUCUGAAAUGCUACAGUAGAUAAUAAGAGUACACAGAUAUCGGAGCAUCCUUACAUAGCCCUGUGAGAUCAACAACAGCUUUACCAAAACCUAACUGCAAUGUUCACCGAAUGCUAUUACAUAGAAGUGUGCCAACAAUUGAGAUCCAUGAAAUUCUGAAAUUCAAAUCUUAAGUAGAUAUCCCGCAACAAUUUGAACCGGUCCAAGCUUUGAAAGUGUAACUCAUAUGAAAAACUUAUGAAAAACUAUGCGAAUGAAAAUUUUAGAAUAACAACAAGCAUACAAAAAACAGGAAAUAUCGCUUAAAAAAUACACGAUUCAAAACAUAAAAAACGUUUGCAGUUACAUGAGGAACGUAUAGGAUACAAUUGGCACGAUCGAUUCUAAAUUGAUUAAAUUCCUAAUAUAAUACAAAUAUUGUUGUUCAAUGUUUUAUUUUUUCAAAAAAAUAUAUAUGAAACAAAAGAAACGUACAUAGUUAAGUCCCAUCGUAAACACACACACAAAAUACUAGCUGGUAGCCUGUAGAAAUAAAGAAAACCAAAAA